AUGAACCUCCUAUUGCCGCUGCUCUGCUUGUUCUUGCUGUGUCACAGUGCCUCGUCAUCUGCCGUACAUGUAGUGGCGGCUCGUAGUAGACAACGCCGCCGUCUUCCCGCAUGGUCUCAAAAAGUUUUAGCGGGUGGCAGCAGUCGCGCACUCGCCCAAGCCGUGUUGUAUCCCGUCGAUGCCUUACGGACACUGGCACAAACUCGAGAUGGUCGCACGUUGGCCGAUGUCGGUGCCAAGGCAUUGAGUCGAGGAUGUUUGACGACGAGUUCCUUUGCACUCGCGCAAGGAGCCAUUCAAUUUGGUAUUUUUGCGGCGUGGAAUGAUCGUGUGGGACCCGUAGUGGCAUCGGCAUUGGGAGCCGCCGGUAGUUGCUUAGUGAGUGUUCCACAAGAAGUUAUCAAACAGCGAUUGGUGACGGGUGUCUAUCCCAGUUUUCGAAACGCCGUGGCGACCAUUUACCAGACGGAAGGUAUUCCGGGCUUUUACAGUGCGUGGAGACCGACGGUAUCGCGGAAUGUGCCAUUUGUCAUUACCACCUUUACCACCAUGGACUUUAUGAAACGGAAACUACUGCACCGGCACAACAACAAUCACAACAACAAGAAGAACAAAAAGAAGACACACUUGACGACUGCCGAAAACUUGGUCAUUGGCAUGGGCAGCGCCUUGGUGGGUGGAGUGGUGACGCAACCCAUUGAUGUCGUCAAGACACGCAUGAUGACACAGGCAGCCUCCACGGCCAUUCCCUACACAUCGGCACUCGAUUGUGUCGUGACCAUUGUCAAAAAGGAAGGAUUCCGCAAACUCUACGCGGGAUUUGGACAACGCAGUGUCUACAUGUGUGGUCUCUGGGGUAUUACCUUUGCCAUGAAUGGAUAUGUCAAUCAGAAACUAGCAGAACAGCAGCAGCAGCAACAAAAACAACAAAAACAACACAGAAACAAUAAGCCGUGA